UCUUGAUGAACCCAACAUGUGGCAUGUAUCCUUGAUUGAUUAUGAACACUUUUUAAUAUUUCCCUCGCUUCUUGUAAAUGUAUCACUUUUUAAAUAAAAAGAAGUUUUUAUUUAGAUUCAUCAUUUUUCUUUCUAACCAAUCAAUUCUCUUCAUCUCUCUUUUCACAUGGACACCAUUUAAUUUUUUUUUUCUCUUUACCUUUCUCUGUUCCAUAAAGAUCGUAUAAACCAAAAUGCUGAUGAAAAAAAAAAAAAAACCCAAAAUAAUCAACUAAAAAACGGAGGAAGUACCUCCGUUACAUAUUAUUUGCACCGUUUUGACCUAAAGUAGAGAGGGAAAAUGUCCAUUGCAAAUAAUAUAUAACGGAUGUAGUAUAAAUUAUCGGGCUUACAAUUGGGCCAAUAUUUCUUAAAUGCCUCAAAUUUAUGGGCUUAUAGCAACAAAACACUAACACAACGAGUUACAGCGUGUGGAAUCGUGAGCGCCACCGAGUUACAGCGGAGCUUCCGAGUCAACCACCGAUUCCGGCGGAAAAAUGGAUGCUAACGAACUGAAGAAAGGCCUCAAAAUUGGAGGAGAAAUCGAGCGAGUAAAUGGCAAGGAACUCAGUUACACCGACUUCGUUGAGAGGUACCUCGCCAAAAAUCAACCCGUAGUUUUGACAGGUUUAAUGGAUGAUUGGAAAGCUUGCGAAGAUUGGGUUGAUGAUUAUGGAAAACCUAAUCUUGGUUUCUUCUCUAAUCAAUUUGGGAAUUCUCAAGUUCAGAUUGCGGACUGUUAUAGCAUGGAAUUUACCGAUCAAAGAAGAGAAGAAAUGUCUGUUUCAGAGUUCAUUAAAUACUGGGCCGCACUAAAUGGAGAUAACAGUGAGGUUCAUCACAUUGUUUCCACUGAUGGCUGCAGUGACAAGUCCUUUUUAUAUUUGAAAGACUGGCACUUUGUUAAGGAAUACCCUGAGUACAAGGCAUAUGAGACUCCACUCUUUUUCAAUGAUGAUUGGCUGAACUUGUACCUGGACCAGUAUCGCAUGCAUGAUGAUCCUGACUAUCAGGAGAGAAAUGAAAUUUGUUGCUCUGACUACCGUUUUGUGUAUAUGGGACCAAAAGGUACAUGGACCCCUCUGCAUGCUGAUGUUUUCAGGUCAUACAGUUGGUCAGCAAAUGUAUGUGGGACAAAAUUAUGGCUUUUUCUACCUCCUGCUCAACGUCACCUUGUAUUUGACAGGCAUUUUAAAAGUUCUGUGUACAAUAUAUUUGAGGAUGUCAAUCAUUCAAAGUUCCCUGGUUUUAAGAAGGCUAUCUGGUUAGAAUGUACCCAAUUAAAGAAUGAAAUAAUAUUUGUUCCCAGUGGAUGGUACCAUCAAGUGCAUAAUCUGGAAGAUGCAAUAUCUAUCAAUCACAAUUGGUUCAAUGGUUAUAAUCUUGACUGGGUGUGGGAUUUGCUUGAAGGGGACUACAAUGAGGCUAAGGAGCUAAUAGAGGAUGUAAGGGACAUAUGUGAUGAUUUUGAGAGCCUCUGCCAGCGUAAUCUUGCUGCUAAUACAGGCAUGAACUUCAUUGAUUUCUUCACCUUCAUUGUACGCAUGUCUAUUGCCAACUUGCUCCAUCUUUCUAAUCAUGCUGAAGGUUGCAAUAAUGAUUAUACGGCUUUAUUUUCUUGGGCUGAGCAUACUAUAUCAAAUCUGAUGUCUAUCAGGAGAGUUGCUUCAAGAAUGGAAUCCACAUGUCUAACAGAAGACAAGCCAGCCCUGUUGGAUAUCCAGAAGAUCUGGAGGGACCCUUCUUUUGUACAACUGUACUCUGCUCUGAGCAGAACAUUUGAAAAACUUCAUGGUCAAUGCAGUCAUAAAUAUGAAGGUGAAGAUGCCCUACAGAAUGAGAUCAAACAUCAUGAUUUCAUCAUUGCAACUGGAUCAGUUGUUUCAAAUUCAAGAAGCCUUAUCAGCUUAAUUGACUGCAAUCUGAAAGAUUAUAAACUUCUUUCAGAUAAAUUACUGGUUGAUGAGCGACAGAAGAAACGUUAGCAUCUUCAUAGAACUUUUUACAACAUUCAUCUUGAGGUGAUGUUGCAAUGGAAAUUGAUUAACAGCAUUGUUUCCAAUGAAGAUAAUUCUAGGGUUGCUUAAGGUCUCCUAUGUGUACAUCUUGUCUUCUGUGGUAAAAAAAUCCUCUAGUUAGGCAAUGCAAGGUAUGUGCCUUUCUGCCUUUAGCUGAUGAACUGACUUGAUACUAGCUUGAUGUAUUGUUCUUCAAUGCUUUUUGGUGGCUAGAUCAAGGGACAAGUAUUUGAUUUUCUCGCUUUGUACAUGUUCUCUUUGUUAAGGCCUUGACGCUCUUGAGAAACAACGAGUCUGUCACUCCUUUGUCCACUUGUCCAGCAUGUUUGUUGUAUUCUGGAAUAUCCUAUUAAUAGCAGCUUACCUAUUUUUUCCAUAUGCUGCCUGCUUUAAUUUUUGACAUUUAACAAUGUUACCUAGUAUUUACACCUUUUAAUGAGAAUUUUUUUUCACUAUUUUGAGGCUACUUUUUCUGUUAAAUGAGAACUUUUCAGUUUAAUGAGAAUUUUUUCUCUAUUUCGAGUUUCCUUUUAAUGUCUUUCCAUAGAUAGUGUGAAAUUGUCUCACUCAAGAUUUACUCAUGUAUCUUAAAUGUUUUGAGUGUAGAUACACCCACGCAAAUAGCUUUUAUGGAAAUAAACACUCUAGUGACAUAGAAUCUUGCUGUUGGUUUAUUUUGCAAAUUCUAGUGGUAGCAAUAAAAGGUUUGGAGAGUUUCAAAACUCAGAUAAUAGAUUGUAGUUAUAAUAUCAGCAACUGGUGAGCUUUGAAAUUGCCUACGUAUUAUUGUCCUUCUUCCAUCUAGCAUGUCUAAGAGUAUGAUCGAAUUAUGUUUUGCAUUGCUAUAGUCAUUUGAGCACAUAUUUGACGCUUAAGGCUUUAUUGGAGUACACUUGUUCAUCUCUUUGGUCACAUUGCAAUAGUUUACUCAGACUAUCUUGGGCAGAAACAGUUUAGAUUCUUGAAAGAUGUAUUUUCUAUAUGCUGUCUUUUUGGAGUGAAUUAUGUUCUUGAAAAUUACACAUGCAAGCCCAUGGUGUGAUUUACUUAAAAGUUUUUAAAAACUGAAAUUGUUUGGUAAUUGGUGCAUAAACCAGCUCUCAACUUCUCAUUUUUGUCAACUUUGACCAAUUGUUUUUAAUUGCAAUAUCAUUAUAAUUUAUUAUACCUAUAAAUUAUAUUCUAUGGAUAUAUGCAAGCUUUUUAAAACUUUUAUUUA